AUGGCUCAUCUUUCCGACAUCAACCUCAUCUCCCAGCAUUCCAAACCGAUGACGGAAACCGCUCAAGCUGACCACGUUCCGCGCAAGGCUGGCACCUUCGCCGUGCUGACUUUCGAUCCUAUUGCCAGCGUAGCCCAUAUCAACGAUCCAGAAGUCACCGCCGCUUGUUCUAAGCUCACUCCCAAAAACUACAUCGUCUACGUCGAUGAGCCAAACGAAUACCACGGGGAAGAAAGCUGCUUUUUUGUCAUGAGUGAAGAAUAUGAAGAUCCCGAGAAAUGUAUAGAGCCCCGCAUGAUCAUCCCAAUCGCUCCCCAGUCCGGCGAAAUCGGCGAUGAGGACCAUCCUUCCAACCGCGAACCGCUCAAGACAACAACCCCCUUCCCCUUCGAGGACUGCUUCAUGUCGACGUUUUCUCGUGUCGUUGUCCGUCGCUCCGAGUCGGAUAAACACACAGUGAAUGAUUCAAAAGCCCUUUGCCAGCUUGAUGAGGCGGAGCAUCGCAGGCUAAUAUCAUUUGCAAACGAGGACGACGACGAUCGGGAGGAACUCAAAGAUUGGCGGGGAUGCUUUCCCAUCGACGAGCUCGCACGUUUCACCGCUGAUUUCGAGACGUGGAUGUUUUCGCAUGAGCCGGGGACGUGCUCAGGCCGUUUCGACGGGGAGUUUGUUGGCCUGGCCUUCGAUAUGAGGGUGCCUGUUGCAAGCUUGAAUUACGACCUCUCCAGCAUCGACAAAUUCCAUGAUCCUAUAUAUUAUUGGAUGGAAAUUUACCAGAUUCACAAAGCUGUGGAGGCCUCCAUCGCACGGAAGGAGGCUGCGGAGCGCCAUAGCGAGGACGCAUUUUGGGAAAAGCAAAUGGCGUUGAAAGAAACCGAAGAAUCAACAACUGGAUCGAGUUUGAAGAAGAGUUGGCGAGUCACGGUAUCACCUCAUCGUCGUCGCAUUUUACGAACUGCUUCCCGUGGGCUGAACGCCUGUCGGGCCCUUUUACGUCGAAUGAUGUGUCUUAGCUAG